AUGUCGAACGUGGAGAAGAACAAAGCCGCGGCGGAUGGCAAGAGUGCUGAAGCUGAUGACGAACCGGAUGAAUGGGACAAGCGGAUAUUCAGUACAGGUUGCGCCGAGGAGAACAACACGCUAAAUUCUUGUUAUCGUGAGAAGCUGGACUGGAGGAAGUGCAAAGACGAGAUGGAGGCUUUCAAGCAGUGCUGGAAGCGACGUGGCAACGACGACAGGACUGAUGCCAAAGAAGCAUGA